GGAAGGAAGAACAGAAGGACGAAGAGGAGAACGACGACAAGACAGAAAGAGAGAGAGAGAGAGGCAGAGGCAGGCAGGCUGGCAGGAAGGAAGAGAGGAGGGAAUAGAUUUCUCGAUCGCCUCCUCGACAGUAGCCUGUUCGGCCGAGCAAGGCAAAUGCGGGCUGAGCUCCCUCGAACCCAUUAUCACCAGACCUCCGCCAGAGUGUUUUGUUCAAUCCUGGCGGCUUUCCCGCAAACAUCCUGCACUGGGUUGUCUUACUACAGGUUCGCGCUGUACUGGGUGGGUGAAACGCAGGGAGGAAGGAGGGGGAGGAGGGAGGAGGAGGAGGAGGAGGAGGAGGGGGAGGAAAGGUCGCCGAAGCCCUUCGGAGCAACCCUCCACACCAGGGAGUGGAUCGAGAGCUCUCGGGCCCGCGGGCCGAACACGAGACACAAAUCCGGCGGAGGUCUGGGUAACCCCAGCCUGGAAGAGCUUAUAUACACGCUUGAGCUGAACUUUCUCGAGCUCACCCUUAAUAAAAAAUGGGAAAGUCGCAAGGCGAACCACGAACCAGACGCGAGGCGCACACUACUGCGUGAGGCCAUGAAUGUUUCCCAACAGCGCUUUGAUUGAUGUUCCUCUCCUCUGGCGUGGCAAAAGUCGUUCACACGGUACCAUUCGCACUCACUGAUGCCAGAGCACAUCGCAAGCAACAUCUUAUCGCAUCAGCCAGAACGUAACUGCAGACCUUCUCCAGAGCGGGCUGGAGGUAUUGCAGGGAACACAAACGGUCCCCUUUCUAGCUUGUCCA